GUGGCAAAGAGGGGCGUGUCAAGAGAGAGUGAGAUAAGCUUUUUAUAGUGUCAACUUGGUAGUCUCCUCUCAAAGGCCCAAAACAAACAGAGAAGCAAAAAAUGGCAUCAGCAACUCUUCUCAAGUCAUCUCCAGUCCUUGACAAGUCUGAGUGGGUGAAGGGUCAAUCCCUGACCCUCCGCCAGCCUCCAGUCUCCACUGUCCGCUGCCACCCCACCUCCUCCCCUGCCCUCACCGUCCGUGCUGCUUCCUCCUACGCAGAUGAGCUUAUCAAGACUGCAAAAACUGUUGCAUCAAAAGGUCGUGGAAUCUUGGCGAUGGACGAGUCAAAUGCUACAUGUGGGAAGCGUUUGGCCUCAAUUGGGCUUGAAAACACGGAGGCUAACCGUCAAGCCUACAGGACCCUCCUUGUGACAGUCCCAGGACUUGGACAGUACAUCUCUGGAGCUAUCCUCUUUGAGGAGACGCUGUACCAAUCCACCACUGAUGGAAAGAAGAUGGUUGAUGUGCUUGUUGAGCAGAAUAUUGUCCCUGGCAUCAAAGUCGACAAGGGUUUGGUGCCUCUGGCUGGUUCCAAUGAUGAGUCAUGGUGCCAAGGACUUGACGGUUUGGCUUCACGCACAGCUGCUUACUACCAGCAGGGUGCUCGUUUUGCCAAAUGGCGUACCGUUGUGAGCAUUCCCAACGGCCCAUCUGAAUUGGCAGUGACAGAAGCAGCCUGGGGUCUUGCUCGCUACACUGCUAUUGCUCAAGACAAUGGUUUGGUCCCAAUUGUGGAGCCAGAGAUCUUGCUUGAUGGUGAACAUGGCAUUGAGAGGACCUUUGAAGUUGCUCAGAAGGUGUGGAAUAAGGUGUUCUUCUACUUGGCUGAGAACAAUGUGUUGUAUGAGGGUAUCCUCCUCAAGCCCAGCAUGGUCACUCCUGGUGCUGAGUGCAAGGACAGGGCCACCCCUCAACAAGUUGCUGACUACACCCUCAAGCUCCUCCAGAGGAGAAUCCCCCCUGCUGUCCCUGGAAUCAUGUUUUUGUCUGGUGGGCAAUCUGAGGUUGAGGCAACUCAGAACUUGAAUGCAAUGAACCAGUCUACCAACCCAUGGCAUGUAUCCUUCUCCUAUGCUAGAGCCCUCCAGAACACUUGUUUGAAGACAUGGGGAGGGAGACCCGAGAAUGUUAAGGCAGCUCAGGAGGCACUGCUCAUCCGUGCCAAGUCUAACUCUCUUGCUCAGCUCGGAAAAUACACCGGCGAGGGUGAGUCAGAGGAGGCCAAGAAAGGCAUGUUCGUCAAGGGCUACUCAUACUAAGCUUGUUGCAGCAAAGCUACAGGGGAAGAAGAUGGAGCAGAACAUGAAAGACUACCUGUCUCUGUGAAAUUUGUAAUGCUUUGUUCAUCGCUAUGUUUACCUUUUAGCCGCUUAAUAAUCCUCUUGCUGAUGGGAUUAGUUAGUCUGCAUUUACAUUUGCAUCACCUUAAUUAAAAAUCUGAAAAAUGCUUGCUUUAGCAGUUUGAAUUUUGAAAUCUUGGCCAAGAAAUUGACCUAC